UUUUAGGGGACUUUAAAAUGCUUGAUCACCUUACGUGGAACCACUGUAAUGCCCUAAGAAUAGCGGAUAAAAUCUAACAUCAAGUAUAAGAAAGACUACAAGAGCCUUGUUUCAUCUAGGACCUGAAAAGCUUCCAGGAAGGUCUGAUGAAGUAAAUGGAGUUCAUCAGGCUACAAGAGUCCGCACCCUACAGCUGGAAACUGUAGAAGCUUAUAGGAACUACAAGUGACCCUGUGCAGGACAUUCAUAUAAAUUCCCCAGGAUUGAUAUUUGUUCCUGUUCCUAAGUUCGGCAACAGUUCAAGAAAUUGUGCCUAGCCUUUGGUCAAGAAGAAACCAAUACGCUUGUAUACGUGCCCGGCUAUGCUGAGAACUCUCUACAUAUUCUUAUACCUUCCUGAGACUGCCGUUCACCACUCAGGACUGUGCGCAGAGGAUGGCUGUGUUUUAGAGCGUGUGAUAAAGAGAAGCCCGGUAUGUGCCCGUCGGAUGUCGACUUCCCCACGUGUGAAGGCGGAAUCAUCAACAGCAAUAAGGAGUGUGAGCGGGACUCCGACUGCAAGGGCAAGAACAAGUGCUGCGUGUACAGGUGCGGGAAGCGAUGUCUCCUCCCACUGGAAGAUAAGAAGAAUCCGUGUCCGGUUUUUAACACCACAACCUGCCCCGCGCAGUUCUCAGGGUUAUCCGAGUGUCACAGGGAUGAGCAGUGUCCGGGAGCGGAGCGAUGCUGCUGUGCCGACUGUGUGCGGAAGUGCACCAUAACCACCAGGGCCAAGCCAGGACAAUGUCCAGUACCAAAACAAAGAUGUCCAGCACGUAUCCAGAGGGCCCAGUGUGAGAAGGACGGAAACUGUCGUGGAAUUAAAAAGUGCUGUGAUGUAUGUGGGAAGAAAUGUGUGGACCCAAGAAGAGAGCACUCCGGCUUCUGUCCUGUCAGUGCGGAGCAGGCCUCGUGUUCUGCUCCUCUAGACCAAGUGCUCUGCGGCCUGGACGCCGACUGCGGCCAAAAACAGAAGUGUUGCCCAUCCAACAACAGGAUGGAUUGUGUGGACGCCGUGCAAGUGAAGUCUGGGGAGUGUCCGGCGUCUUUAGCCAAGUGCGUCUCUCCGUCCCCUCCCCCGCUGUGUAGGGAUGAUAGAGAAUGUCCGGGACACAAGAAGUGCUGCACCCCCCUGUGUCGUAAGGAGUGUACAGACCCCAUUAUAGAUAAACCCGGAAAAUGUCCGGCGGUGAGUGCCCUGGUGACCUGUCCUACUCCAUCCCCUUCUCCCUUGUGUGAGAUGGACUCGCAAUGUCUCGGGAUUCAGAAGUGCUGUGAUUAUGGCUGCCGGCAGCAGUGCACCGAUCCCGUGUUUGUGUGACGUCUCGGUGAAAUCUUGAGGAGGGUCGGCCAACAAUGGAGAUGAGGACCUGGUGAUGGAGAUGAGGACCUGGUGAUGGAGAGCGGCCUCGGUGCACUCUGGGAGGGGGGAUGGUGGUGACCAGUAUGGGGUUUUUUAAGUAAUAAAA